AUGUCCAGCUUGAUGCUCGAUUUGAAAUACAUAGUCGAGAGCUACGAGCAACGCGUGAAACGAGUCCAGCAGAUGGCAGACUCUGAAAAGAAAAUCGCCGAGGUGGAUGCACAAAUAGAAGAAGAUUUGGACGCCGACUGGGUCAGUCUUCCAGAAGAAGUGAGCAAGCAUGUCGACAAGACCGAGCUCACAACAUCUUGGGCAGCGAAAUCUGUACCGCUUGGUAAUGAUCAAGAUGAAGAGGAACAGAAAAUCCAAGCCCUCACAGCGAGAUUGUUGAAAAUCUCAAACCCCAUCAUCACUCCAACCCCAGUAGGUGGGGGAAGAACAAUAGCAGCACCACCACCACACAACCCGUUAUUCGUCAGCUACCAACCCCAGCAGCAACCUGACUUCACAGCCAUAGGUCAGGCCUCCACAAUGAUUGCACAGGCAAUCCAGCAAGCAUUGGGAUCACAACCAAUCCAACAGCAAAGCAAUUCGACAGAUCGUUUCCUCGCGCGUCAGGUCCAAGGAAGAGAUCUCCCCAUAUUUGAUGGACACCCAGAGCAGUGGCCUGGAUUCAUAGCAGCGUACGAGUCCGGCACCAAAACGUGUCAGUACACAAAUGCUGACAACCUUGCCAGACUGCAGAAGUGCCUGAGAGGAGACGCCAUCAAGUCAGUCCAAUGCCUCCUCAUUUCCCCAAAUAGCGUCCCCAUGGUCAUCCAGCAAUUAAAGAAAAGGUUCGGCUCUCCAGAGCACAUUAUCAAAUCCAUGAUGGCAAAAGUACGAGAAACUCCUCCCGUGAAAGCAGAGAAAUUAGAAUCACUAAUAGAAUUUGGCAUCGCACUACAGAAUCUCAGAGGUACGAUUGUCUCGCUAUCUUGUCCACAACACCUCAGCAACCCCAUCCUGCUACAGGAACUCGUCGACAAGCUUCCGGUCCAGCAACAACUUCAGUGGAUGUCGUGGGUGCAAUUGAACCCAACAAAUCCUAAAUCAAUCGACUCAUUUGCAGACUGGAUCGAAAUGCAGACAGAUUUGGCCUGUCAAUUGUGUCCCCCUACUUUCAAAGCUGAGUCAACUCGACCCCCGAAAGGACGAAACAAUCAGCAAGAACGUGUUCAUGCUGUCACCACUGAGGGAAAGAAGAAACAAGAACACCACGAUCGCCGAGAGAGAAAGUGUCCUUGUUGCAAUAGAAUGGAUCAUCGGAUCCAAUCCUGUCCCACCUUCACAAAGAUGGCACCCCGUCAGAAGUGGGAACUUGUCCGAGAUAACCGAUGCUGUUACGGUUGUCUCAAUUUCGGUCACGCUACAAAGGACUGCAGGUCGAAGAAGGAAUGUGGUCUCGAUGGCUGUACCCGAGAUCACCACAAACUCCUGCAUUUUACCAAAGAAGAUCAAGCCCCAAGAAGAAGACCACCAGAUUCAGGAGGUGAAUCAAGUGGUCAAGACACAAUUGCCCCUGGUUCCGUUGCAGCAAUCAACGGAUCAGUCCACACUGUAACACCAUCAGGAUUUGUUAGCCUGAAGGUCAUUCCCGUCGUUCUCCGUGGUCCGAGUGGGAAGAAAAUGGAAGUUUUGGCGUUCCUUGAUGAUGGAUCAACCCUCACUCUUAUAGAUGAAGAUGUGGCACGUGAACUCGACUUGCCUGGUAUCAGAGGACCAGACAAGACACUCAAUAUCACUUGUUUUCAAACGAAUGUGGCCUUAACUACCAAGACCGUCGAGGUGGAUAUGGAAUCAGUCGACGGCAAAAUAGUACGAACUUUGCGGAAGGUGAAAACUACACCAAAUAUUUCCCUUCCUCCACAACAAUUGCGAAAAGAAUUGCUGCAGAAGUACGAUAAUCUCAAAGGGAUCAACUUCUCUACUUACGAUAUGGGAAAACCUAAAAUUCUCAUUGGUAUGGAUCACGCCGACAUUGUCCUUUCUCGUCAAGUCAGAUUUGGACGAGGAAACGCCCCUAUAGCCACGAGAACCUUAUUUGGAUGGGCUCUCUGUGGACCUGCUCCCUUUCACUCACGGGAAAAGUACGGAUAUCAUGUCCGAGAAAUGGUGGAUGACGAACUGCAUCAACUUGUCAAGGAGCAGUUCACAACUGAAGCGUUUGGUGUCAAGCCAUGUAUUGAGGCGCCGAGGUCUCGAGAUGAUGUCAAAGCGCAAAGGAUUUUGGACUCCACACUUGUCAGAGUAUCAGACGGGUGGGAGACAGGACUCUUGUGGAAGGAUGACGAAGUGCAACUUCCAGAAAGUCGGAGAAUGGCGAUGAAAAGGCUCGCCACUAUGGAACGAAAGAUGGAUUCAGAUCCAGAAUUUGCCCGUCAAUACAUAGCCAAGAUUGACGACUACAAGAACAAGGGUUUUGCCAGAGUGCUUUCUCCAGAGGAGGCAGCAGAGGAAACGAAUCGCACGUACUAUCUCCCCCACUUUAUGGCAAUCAACCCGAAGAAACCUAACAAAUUGAGGUUCGUAUUCGACGCUGCAGCCAAAUCGCACGGCUCCAGUCUCAACGACCACUUACUCCAAGGCCCGGAUAAGUUGGUCUCCCUGCCCGGAGUACUGUUGAAAUUCCGGCAGCGGCGUGUAGGAUUCACCGCCGACAUCAAAGAUAUGUUCCAUCGGGUCAAGGUCAGAAAAGAAGAUGCCCAAUCGCAGCGAUUUUUGUGGAGGGGCAUGGAUCGUUCACGAGAUCCUGACAUUUUGGAGAUGGGAGUGCUCAUAUUUGGAGCAGCCUGCUCACCAUCAUGUGCCCAAGAGGCGAAAAAUCGUAACGCUGAGGACUACAAAGAAGAGUUUCCUGCAGCACAUGAAGCAAUUGUUCGUCGCCAUUACGUGGACGACUACUUGGACAGUUGUGACACCCCAGAAGAAGCCAUCAAAAUGUUCCACGACGUACAUCACGUCCAAGCAAAAGGAAGUUUCAAUUUAUGUAAUUGGUUGUCGAAUUCAGAAGAGAUGAUGGCAGCAAUCCCAGAAGAGCUUCGCGCCGAGAAAUCAAAGAAUCUCGACGUUGGUGAAGAUUCCCUGGUGGAGAGAGUCCUUGGUUUGUUUUGGAAGCCAAAUCCUGAUAUCUUCACAUUCUCUCUCUCCUACCUGAAGACGAAGGAAGACCUACUCAGCGGAGAAAGGAUUCCUACAAAACGAGAACUAUUGGCACUUACAAUGCACGAGCUCUACUACAAGCUACCUGGCUCUAAAGUUGACUGGAACGAAGAAAUCCCCAUUCCUACUCAUUCAUUGUGGAAAAAGUGGAUUGAAGAAGUGAGAAAUUUGCCCACUUUUGAAGUCAAUCGCUGCUACUCCCCAAAUUUAUCGAGCGCAGAUGAGGUUCAACUCCACGUGUUUGGCGACGCUGGAGAAGAAGCCUUUGGAGCAGCAGCAUAUUUGGUAGUAAAAAAGAAUGAAGAAAUCCACACCUCCCUAGUCAUGAGCAAAGCAAGAGUCGCCCCCAUGAAGACUCUGAGUAUUCCGAGACUCGAGUUGCAAGCAGCCCUGAUGUGCAGUCGCCUGGCUCAAUUCAUCAAAACCGAACUCGAGAUUCCCAUUACAAGGACAAUUUUGUGGUCCGAUAGCAGCACGGUCAUUGGAUGGAUUCGUGCAGAUGGGAAGAAAUUUCAUCAAUUUGUGGCUAACAGGGUGGGAGAAAUUCAAGAACUCUCAGACGUCUCCCAGUGGAAAUGGAUACCGACCGCGCUCAACGUUGCAGACGAGUUGACGCGCAUGGAUAGACCCUGUGAUUGGAGUCCUACAAGCAGAUGGCUGAAUGGACCAGACUUUCUCCAACUUCCAAAAGAAGAUUGGCUCAAGGAGAAAGCCGAACUCGCCGACGCAGAAUUAGAUGGCGACGAAUUUGAGUUGAGAAAGAAUCAAUUGUUUCUCAUUCAGCAACAGCAACCCUUCAUCGACCCUGAAAAGUUCUCAUCUUGGACAAGACUCGUCCGUACAACUGCAUAUGUAUUGCGAUUCGUGCAGUUUCUAACCAGUCGGCAAUUGACAGCGAAGCAUCACCUUGCCAAGAAGAACAGAAAUAAAUAUCCCUCAUCCUUAACAAUUGUCGAACUGGAAAAGGCAGAGCAAUGGUGGUGGAAAUUCAGUCAGCGGACCAGCUUUCCAGCCGAAUAUGCAGCUCUCUCAUCAAAUCAAAGUAUACCCAACACUAGCAGACUAAUCAAAGCCACUCCAUAUCUUGACGAGUAUGGAGUUAUGAGGGUCCGAGGAAGAAUAGACAACGCCAAGGGAAUUGCAGUAGCAGUCAAAAGACCUGUAAUUCUCGACAGGAAUAGCCCGUGUGCGCAGCUCAUCGUUCGUUACUAUCACUGGGCAUGCGAUCAUCAUGGUCACGAGCGGAUUGUCAAUGAGAUCCGCCAGAAUACCUCACCUCCGUGCCGCAGUAAAGAAGGCGAAGAUGUCGUGUCAAGCUUGCAGCAACUUGAAAAAGGUGGUGGUGAAGAGAAGCCGGAGAAAAGAUACGGAGUUCUUUUCACCUGCCUGUCGACCCGAGCCAUUCAUUUAGAGGUGGCGAAUUCCCUCACGACCGACUCCUGCAUCCUAGCAAUUCGUCGUUUUGUGGGAAGAAGAGGUUGUCCACGAGCCUUAUUUUCUGACAACGGUACCAAUUUUCAUGGAGCCAGAAAUGAAUUGACCCAGUCAUUAGCAGAGUUGAACCAAUCGCAAAUGGAAGAAGAGUGUACAGUGAUUGGCAUCCAAUGGAAUUUCCUCCCCCCAGCCAGUCCUCAUUUUGGUGGGAGCUGGGAACGGAUGGUACGAGCCGUCAAAGUCGCAUUGGGAGCGACCUUGAACCAGAAGACCCUAACAGACGAGGUCCUUACAACCGUGAUGGUGGAAGCAGAACAUGUCGUCAACUCCCAUCCCCUCACGCACGUGCCAGACGAUCCCGAUGACCCAGAAGCGCUCACCCCAAACCAUUUUCUCAUUGGGCGCUCGAGCAAUCUUCAACCAAUUGGAAGAUUUGAUGAGAAGGAAGUCUUUGGGAGAAAGCAGUGGCGAAUCUCUCAACAAUUAGCGGACCACUUUUGGAGGAGGUGGAUCCGUGAGUACCUCCCCACAUUAUUAAGGCGUGAAAAAUGGUGCUCUUUUUCUCGCCCAAUACAGAUCGGUGAUGUUGUUGUGGAAGUCAAUCCAGCAUUGUCCCGUAACCGAUGGCCGAAAGGAAGAGUUGUCCAAAUUUUCCCUGGCGCAGAUAAGCUCAUCCGAGUAGUAGAUGUGAAGAUGUCGAAUGGUCACAUCUACCGUCGUCCAGUUUCGAAAUUAUGCGUUCUAGAUGUCAUGCCCAAAGAAGACAAUUUUCCCGCUUGUCCAGAACCCCAAAUCGCCAGCAAUUCAACGACAGCGUCCCCUGUCCCCUCGUCGGCUCCGUGA